AUACGCCAUAUAAGUGAGUACCCCCUAGGGGGGAGGAGGUAUAACGAGGCCUAUGAAGAAGGCAAAAGAAGACUAAGGAAAUGCAAUGUGGGAUUCUUUGGGUUCAGAGAAGGAGGCGGAGCUGGACUUUUUAAAGUUUUCGUGGGUAUGGUAGAGAUCUGCCCAUAGAGGGUCUGGGGCGAGAUUAACUGAUAGCUGAUGGUCAAAUGUCAGCCGAGAUUGACGUGUUUUGCUGAUCACUAAGCUGUGAAACACCGCCCAAAAUUUAGGACAUUUAGGUAUUCAUGAGUCACGACUGCUGAGAUUCCAUCAUUCCAGCGCUCCAUACUAGAAAGCAUAACGAUAUGAAACGCAAGACGAGUCUGAAGAUCUUCUUAAAAGUCUAAAAAAUAGAACGGAGCCGUAGCCCGACAAGUGACAUUCCCACUCCGUCCUGCUGCGGUCAUGGUAAUUUUCUCAUUUGAGAGGUUACCAAGCUUUACGUUCUUCGAACGGUUGUCUAGAUCUUGGCGAACUUUUCGAGAUCAAAUGGAAGAGAAAGCAUCCUGUAGAGUGUUAUCUAUUCAAAGUCACGUUGUAUCAGGAUAUGUAGGAAACGACUCGGCGACAUUUCCACUUCAGGUUCUUGGUUUCGAUGUUGACACGAUCAAUUCAGUUCAACUCUCUAACCACACUGGAUAUGAACAUGUUCAAGGUCAAGUUUUGGAUGCUAAGGAACUCAAAGUCUUGUUUGAAGGACUCAGGCUGAACAAUUUACACCAUUUCUCUCACCUUCUGACAGGAUAUGAACAUGUUCAAGGUCAAGUUUUGGAUGCUAAGGAACUCAAAGUCUUGUUUGAAGGACUCAGGCUGAACAAUUUACACCAUUUCUCUCACCUUCUGACAGGUUAUGUAGGUUCUAAAUCAUUUUUAGAGGAGGUACUGCAAGUUGUACAUCAGCUAAGAAACGCCAAUCCCAACUUAGUGUUUGUUUGUGAUCCUGUCAUGGGAGAUGCAGGCAAAUUUUAUGUUCCUGAAGAGUUAAUGCCAGUGUACAGAGAUCAGUUGCUUCCAAUGGCUGAUAUUAUAACACCAAAUCAAUUUGAAGCAGAGCUUUUAAGUGGUGUGAAGAUAACCAAUGAAAGUGAAGCUUUUAAGGCAAUGAAAAUACUACAUGAAAGGGGCACAAAGACAGUGGUAAUAACCAGCUCAGAGCUGGGUGACAGCAAAACACUCAUAGCCCUUGGCAGCUCACUGAAUGGACUAGCUGGCGAGGGAAACAGACCGACACCUGGACAAAUUGAACUACGUCUGGUUCAGAAUCUUGAUGAUAUUAGGAAUCCAAACAUAACAUUCAAAGCUCAAGUAGUUUCAGAUUGAUCAAGGGUUGAAUGUAGGGACAGGUAUCUGUAGGAUGUAGUUUUGCUCAGAAAUUUAAUGAAUGAUCAGUUUUAAAUCAAGAGAAUUUAUUAGUAAGACCAAAAAUGUGAUUUUUUUAUUUAGUGUGGUUAGCUAAGAGAAUUCAGUCAGAUUGUAUAGUGUUUGGUCAGGGAAUAAGUUUUUCGUUUACAUGUAAGCUGUGCUGUUUCGGUCGGUAGGUAGAAGCACUUGGGAGUUUACAAGGAAAAUGAAUUUUUUUUAAGCCCGGGGCAAACGUUCUCACAGCAAAUAUAUCCGGCAUUCUCCUGCCGUGGUAACUUUGUUGGGCCUUUUUGCACAAUGUUUUGUUGGAAACUUGAUUUGAAUCAAACUUUCAUCUAACAUGUCCUAGCAGGGUAAUGAAAUAGUUGCGAUAAUUGGGACCUUUUCUCACGGCUUUAGAUUAAAGAUCAGCUGAUGGUCUGAACAGCGGCUUGAAGGUAUGCAUUUCCUCCAUCUUUUGGAUAGUAUAGAGAAGACAAAUCGAUAGCGAACAAAAAUGCUUCUCGCUCGCUCACGUUCGAUCGCCAACUGGCCAUCUUCGCGCUCGUUCUGGAUGAUUCCUCAAGAGUGAACGUUUGAAAUGUAAACAGCAGCUCUGACGACUUAGCUAUUUGUAAUCGAACGACAGUUCAGCCUGAAAAGUUUUUACUACAUGGAACUUGCUGGAGAUUUCAAGAUUCAUCGUACACGAGUAUUUCGUUGUACUUGCUCGUUGUUAGUGUACAUAUCAAAGAAUAAACCAUGCACCUGAACUGAAGAAAAACAAUACAAACAAAUAUUUAAGCUGCUGCAUAGAAAAGCUAGCAAAUAUUUUGACGCCUCCACGUAUUAUUUUAGUUAUUUUCAUUACAUUUUCCCAGGUACAUACUAACCUUUCGUUAUAAGUUCUUCGAUACAAAAAAAAAGAAAAAUGGGAGUAAGUGAAAUAAGUGAUUUGAGUGAGACUGUUUGAAUUGCAUGCUAGUAUGACGUUUCUUUAAUAACAUCAAUCUUAAUUAGUAUCUGUUAUUCGGUGAAAAGUAAAGUACUCGCGAAAAAUCUGUGUAAUAAAACGUAAUUUUGUAGUCUU